AUGUCUACAAGAAAUCAAAUGCCUACCUUCAACUCUUUCACCAUCACUCAGCCCUUUUUGGGUGCACCACUUCAAUUCCAACCAGCUCUUGGAUCAAGGGAGCUCGAGGAGUUGAUUGAUGCUUACGUGGUUGGAAAUGCUUGCAAACAAGAUAAGCUUUCCACUGUGACGAUCGAUUUCUAUAACCAUGCAACCGUUGAUAUUAAUACCGGUUCCCUCGUUCGUCGAUACGAUGUGAUGCCUUGGGCUUUUGACCAAAGCCCUUCUCAAUCACAAUCUUCCGGAUUGAGUCCACCAAUUUUCACUCCUAGCCCUGCUUCUUCAGCUACCUUUGCCGAUUCCACUCAUAGCUCAAUGAGCACCCCUUCACAUCGAACUAGAGGGUCACGAGUCACGAAGAAGACCAAAAAAGAUACCACUAAGAAGUCUGCGGAAAUCAGACUACCUGGCUUUUCCAUCAUGACCAAGGAUGGUAUCGAUGUUACAAAUUCUGCUGGUCGCGGAACUAAGACGAAAGAACAGAGAGAACAUGCACAUCUGAUGAGGAUCAUCAAAGCUUGUGAUGAGUGCAAGCGAAAGAAGAUCAGAUGUGACCCAUCUCAUAGACGUUCUUCACGUACAGAUAUGUCCAGAGCAUCUGCAUCAAUCAGGCCUUCCCCUCCUUCACAAUCAAAUCCAAGUCCUGCUGCAUCAACCCCUUCCUUAUCCCGAGAAACAACACAAGGCUCUGAGCAAAGCAGUCCUCCUGUUGAUUCGUUCGCAAUUGAAGAUUUUGUUCUUUUUCCAGAAGACGACCUCAACCAAUGGAACCCAGAAAUGUCUAUCCCAGGUUUCGAUACCCAAUACAGCGACUUUAGCAUGACCAACUACGACAGCUUCCCUGAUUUCGAUACUAGCUUCUCAACAAUGAAUGAUAAUCUGUCAUUCGACUUCCCAUCAUUUGAUCAAUCGUCAUCUUUUAGUCCUCAACUACUGAAUAAUACCAACAAUUUCUCAAAUUAUCACAACACACAACCAUUGACACACUCGGAUGUCAAUUCACAAUACAUCUCUUCCACUCAGCCACUAUCCGAUCUAGAUUUCUUCGAAUCAUUCUGCGAUUUACAGAACUUCUCACCGACCUACAGUCAACAGGCUCAUCCACAAGCUGUAGCGGAUGAAGACCCUGGAAAGAUCAACAAUUUUGUACCCGCUCCGGCUCCAAGAUCUCGGGUAAAUAACGUUCUAUCGAUAUCACCGACGACAAUUUCUCAGACCGACGGUGGAGCUAGUGCACAUGACUUCCCUACAUCAUUUAGCUUCUCCCCGACUGAUAGCUGUUACCAAUCACAAGAUUCAGAAUAUGGAUUUGUAAAUACCGGCCCAGAUGAUGCAUAUGGAAAUGUUCCUGGUUUGGGUGUCGAUUCGGGCGUUGAGCAAUCACCUCAAUCUGGACCAAGAGACAGCGCAAGCAGUAACAAGGAACAUAGUCGCAGCCAGCGCACUAAACAUCAAGUCCUAUUGGACCGUGAGCGCAGUCGCGUUGACGAUCACGACCGCCAACUUGUGAACGCUUUCCCAUCCAGCAUGGGCGAGUCACAUGUUCCGCGUGCUUCCGCUGAACAACUAGUUUCGAGUCCGGGCGUAUUCAAUGACGGCGACGGGCUAGCGAUGAAUAUAGACACUUCUAGAGGCUUAGAAUCUAGUUGUAGUCCUGUCCCUGGAGAAACUCCGUGGAGCCUUGAAUCGAAGUUCGGUUCAUUGACUUCAUUGGCUAAAUCUAGUCUGGAUGCACUACCGAAUACCAUGGAAAGCAACACAGGCGAUGGCACACUCGCCGUUGUGAAAUCACAAGAAUAUCCUGACGCCCACGCAAGCUCGAACAGCUCUACGACCAUUCUCGCCCCUAUUAGUCGCGCUGCACAAAUAGUUGGCAAUUAUGUCCAGUCUCGACGUGCAAACCUUGCUACGAGCAGUUCAGAUCGACAGGUAUCGAGCGUCAACACCAAUAUUGUUUAUACGCACGUAGCUGUAAGCUCGUCGGUGUCAAGCUCAAGGUCCAAGCCAAUUGUAGAAUCUAUGGCACAGGCAAUAGCCGGCGUAGUCGCUACUGGAGCUUUAGUUGUACCUGAUCGCUUCAAGAUCAUGACUUCACCUCGUUUCUCUCUUGUGGACAAAUUUGACAAGAAGGUGUCUUCUAGUUCUACCGAGAAAUUCAGCAGCGGCUCUCUGGAUAACUGCGACAUUGGGACUAUUGUUUCAAAGGAACAGAAUACUUCCGCUAUACCAUCGGCUAGCCCAAGCUUGAAUGUCAAUAUUCCGGGACACUCCUCUACGCUUGUCAAGAAUAGUACGAAAGCAGUAACCGCUCCGGCUACGACAGCUCUCUGCAAUGUCUCUACACUUGCAGCAUUAGCACUUUGUCUUGCCGCUACUGCUGUAGUGUCGAGGUGUCUCGAGUCAUCCGCAAUGGCAUUAGUCGUUUAUGUUGUUGCAUCGGCAUGUUUUAGUUCUAGUUGUACGGUUUCCCGUCCUGAAAAGAGCAUCAUGAGCACUUUUAUCAGUGCAUCUAUAUGGAAUUCGUGGUCCGAUAUGAAACAGAAGAUAGGUUACGAACAUCAACGUGUAUUGAAAGGAAAGAAUCAUAAAUCACUUGAUGCGGCGGGAAAAAUGAUGAAGAAGUUUUCCUUGGGAGUUUCGAUCUAG